GCGACAGCCAUUUCUGCGACAUAGCCUGAACACAAUUAUCCAUUCAAGCUCAAGCUCUCUGCUGAUCCUAAUCUCCAGGCGGCCGAUUAAAAUAGUUUAACUUUCAACUAAAAGCCACCGCUCCCAUUUACUUGUGCACGGGGUUUCCUAAUUGUUUCCAUCACAACCGUGCUGCUUCUGCAAUGCGAGUCGACACGUCUUUUUUAUAUUCCAAAUGAGCGGUCUGGCAGAAAGUAGUACCGAUCAGGCUAUCAUCCGCGACUGGGUGCUGUUCCCAAUCACUCUGAUCAUGGUCCUUGUUGGCGUAUUCAGACACCAGCUCACAAUCCUGAUGACGGGCGAGCCACCCAAGCCCGACGUGAAGGACAUUCGACAGGGCAAGGCGCUUAUGCGCGGACAAAUCCUCGCCCAAAACAAAUCGUACAUCCCAGCAGCAGCCUUCAUCGAGCGGAAAAGGUACCUGUGCGAGGCCUACGAGCAGGGCACAUAUCUGAAGAACAAGGCAGCCAAGGAGCAGAGCGCCGCCAACCUGAUGGCCGACCCGAAGAACAUGGAGAUGAUGAUGGACGGCAUGAAGAAGCAGAUGAUGGGCAUUCUACCCUUCCCCCUUGGCGUGCGCUUCAAGCAGAUGCUGCAGUCUGGUAUUAUGACGCCGAACAUGGAUGUCAGAUGGGUCUCGUCCUUGUCGUGGUACUUUAUUAAUCUGUUUGGCCUGCGCGGCGUCUUUUCGCUUAUCCUUGGUGGGGAGAACUCGGCCGACGGAACCCGCGAUAUGGCGGCCAUGAGCACGAUGGGCGCAAUGGGUCAGCAGGCGGGUCAGCCCCAAGACUUUAACAAGCAGUUCCUGAGCAUGAAGGACAGCCUAUCGAUCAUCUACCAUGAGUGGGAUCUGGAGAACAUGAGCAGCUACGGCAAGCAGGCCAAGCUUCUCAAGUCAUCACGCAAGUAG